UAUAAAAUGGAAUGUUUUAGACUGGCAAAUGGAGUGAUGCAUAUUCUUGACAAAGGAAAGAUCUAGCCAGCUGGCAGCCAUGAAUGAAUGGAUGAAGAAAGGCCCGUUAGAAUGGCAAGAUUACACUUACAAAGCGGUCAGCAUAACAGCCAGUGACAAGGAGUAUAAAGGAUGGGUUUUAACCACAGACCCAGUCUCUGCCAAUAUUGUCCUCGUGAACUUCCUUGAAGACGGCAGCAUGUCUGUGACUGGAAUUAUGGGACAUGCUGUACAGACUGUUGAAAUUGUGAAUGAAGGGGACCAUAGCAUGAGAGAGAAGCUGAUGCAUUUGUUCAUGUCCGGAGACUGCAAAGCAUACAGCCCUGAGGAUCUGGAAAAGAGGAAGAACAGCCUGAAGAAAUGGCUGGAGAAGAAUCACAUCCCCAUCACCGAACAGAGAGAUUCACAAAAGACUCUUUGUGUGGCUGGGGUCUUGACUAUAGACCCACCAUAUGGUCCAGAAAAUUGCAACAGUUCUAAUGAGAUUAUUUUGUCCCGUGUUCAGGAUCUUAUUCAAGGACAUCUUGAAGCUUCCCAAUGAGAGGCUAAGAACUAUGGAUGCACUGAUUGAAAUAAGAUUUCAUAUUUUUGAAAGUUCUUUGUUGUUUUAGGUAAAAUCAAAGAUGGGGAUUAUCGGUACUAAUAAGUGAACUGGGCAAGGAUGACAUCUCAAACAAAACUAACUUGGGGACAGGAUUACAAGAAUCUCUUCUUUUGAUCGGAAUACACCUCCAUUUCUAUUAGGCAAGAAAUGUAUUUGGAAAACAUGCAACAUGUUAGAUUCGAUAUAAAAUGCUAAGGUAAAAUCACAGUCUUGUUAACACUGCUUAUUCUAACUAGAUGUGUCUUUAAAUUUUUAUUGAGUUAUAGUUUACAUACCAUAUAAUUCAGUAGCUUUCCUUGCACAGUUCAGUGACUUUUGAUGUAUUUAGUGUUGUGCAACUAUCACCACAGGCAUAGAGUUUUUUUGUUUUUUGUUUUUUUUGGUGGUUGCAUGACAUGUGGGAUCUUAGUUCCCCAACCAGGGAUUGAACUCUCACCCCCUGCAUUGGAAGUGUGGAAUCUUAACCACUGGACCACUAGGGAAGUCCCUAGAUGUCUCUUUUUUUUAAAUGUCUAUUAAAAAAAAUUUUUUUUAGUGUAAUGAUGAAAUAGCUUUUGAUUCAGAAUAUAUGCUUUUUUGGUUGAAACUUAAAGUUUUGGUAAAACCUUAACAUAUAAGCCUUAUAAAUCUCAAAGCCUUAAAAGUGAACACUGGCUAAUAUAUCUGAGGAAAAAGGUAAGUGUGACAAGUAUUCUGGCUGCUGAGGGGCUAUAAGGGACCAGUCUAGCUGCUGGUUUCCCUGGUAACCGAUGAGGCAACCUGACAUCAAUUCUUGAAUAAAUGGUAGCCUCCUCCCUGCUGGGUAAGUGAGGGCUGCCACCAGGUUAUGCCCACUAUCCGCCACACAUGGUGGAGGUGUUGCUCUAGGACCUUGCUUCGGACAUGUAAGAUCCCUGUGUCCAAUAAGCUUUAAAUGUCUUUGUUGCUGUCUCUGGGCUCUUUCUGGUCCCAAGGCUGGGCAUCCACAAGGCUAGUAGCCCAACAAUUCACAAAAUAGCCAGGAGGCUAAGGGUACUCCUGUGACCAUUGAGAUGUAAGGACGGGGAAUGAAAAGUUGUGGGGGGUUGGGAGGAAUCUCAGGGUGGCCGUCCACUAGUGUGUGGAGCCCUGUGGCAGUUGACUAGCCAUGAAAGAUGGUUUCUGUCUUUUAUUGCAUUGAUGAUAUCCUGUUAAACCUAGUCUCUUACCAGUUUAUAGAGCAGCCCCAUGCCUGUGGCUCAUCUGACUAACUGCAGGGGGAUGGCUGGUGAACACAAACAUAACACAAGGGAUCUGAACUACCUACAAAGGACAAGCAUACCCCUAACCCACCACCUCUGAACAAUACAGGCUUUAGGGAUAUUAACUUAGGACAUGAAUUGGAAUUGGACAUGGCCAGUUACCUGGAAGAGUCUGGUACAGGUCUGUGCAAUGGCAAAAUAAUUGGAGUCCCCUUGAGCUUCUGUUCCCAGCUAUGGAAAGGGACAGAGCAGUGAUGCAGUGUGCUGGAACAGCAAUUAUAUGUAGUCUAUAAAGUAUUAUAACAGAUGAGGGACAUUAUAAAAGGCCUACUCAAGUUGUCGAGCAAUGCAAAAACCACUAUUUGGCAUCUAUUAUGCCCUGUGGACAUAAUAGUGGCCGAGAAAUCCACUUCACUGGCCAUAAAGUUCAGAUAUGAGCCAGUGGAGAUGACACACGGGCAUUUCUACCCACCCAUGGCUGCCAGGUUAGUUGAAAGGAUGAGUGGAUUACUUCAAUAACCAAGAUAGGAAAAUUUCUCUACCUGUGGGCCCAGGAGGCUAACUCCAGCCUAGGAACUAUAACGCAACAUCCCAGGAACAGUUAGUUGUCCCAGUGCUUAUGCCAUGUUAACCCAGAGGCAACUAGUCAACACCAUCCGAGUUCAACUGUUUACCCCCAAAGGGACCGUUGUCAACUACCGGUCAGGACAAUAACUCACUUUUGCCCUUGCCACAAUUUCUGCCCUCGCCACAAUUUCUGCCCUUGGGAACGUAUUAUAAAAGAAAUGGCUCUGGAAUUGACAGGUAAGUCCCCUGUGGGGAAUAGGAUUAGAAAGGGACAAAUUUCACCUGUCUUAUACCUGGCUCGCCUGAGAAGGCAGGCAUUUACUGGAGGGAGGCACCAUUUAUUACAUUAACCUUACAAUCUAUUCUACCACUUUGCCUGUAUUUGGCACAGUCUGGGGACUGAGGGUAGCUGGGCGGGAUGAGGGUAGAUUUGGCUAAUGGUCGUGAUCUCCCCUGUAUCGUGCCUGCUAAACAUCUUGGCAUUUCACCUGUCUGAGCAGAGGGAGCUGCUCACAGAUUGGGAGAUAUCAGUGGCCUCUGCUGGGUCUACAGCAAGAUGUCCUUCUCGGGACUUCCAUGAAAAAUGGACCCAGUAAGUGCCUGCUUCCAAAUUUACCCACGUCUUAUACUUUUGAUCCUCUUCAGCUGCUGUUGUCUGUGUUGCACUUGUUUUAUUGGGUGGAGGUGCACCUCUGCAUACCUGACCCCAGGAAUAUCACAUAUAAGAGGGGCAGACUUAAGGGGGUAAGGGUUGUGGAGUGUAUGGUCAGGCCACUCAAGACGGCUGCUCUUGCUGUCUGUACAUCCUCUGCUUGAUGAGCGAGUCCCUGCUGCACCGACACUGUGUUGGAACAAAUGUGCUCGCCCUUGCCCCAGCCAGUGAGUGUUCUAAUCCUUGAGCCAGAAUGCCUCCACCUGCUAGUUUAUUAAAGGGAAACAUCUGCCCUCAUGGUGGUUAACCUGAGGGGCUGUACGGGAUGGGUCUCAGCUGCUGGUUUCCCUGGUAACUGAGCCAACGUGAGGUCAAUUCUCCCUGUAAAAUAUAGUCUCCAACCACCUCUUAAAAGGUAGUCUUGCCCCCUCCCCCGCAGUGAAGACCACUGCCACCACUGUGUCCUGCUCGCCACCUUGUUUGUCUGCUACAGAUGAUGGAUUGUUGCUCCAGGAGUUUUCUUCAGGUGUGUAAGCUCCCCCAUCUAUUAAACCAUUGAUAGCUGCGACGCUGUUUCCGGACUCCCUCUUAUGGACUGACUCGGCAACUGCAAAGCUUGCAUGCCUGUAGAUGCAGCCCAACUGGGACUUUUCAGGGGAGUGUCUACAGUGACCCCAGGGUUCCCGCAUCAGGUUAGAACCCGAGGAUGAGUUAGCACACCUCAGGCUCUUAGCAGAAUCCAGCCUGCUGCCUCUAAUUAUUAAAGCUUUACUGGAACACAGCCAUACCCAUUGCUUUGUGUAUUGUCUGUGGCUGUUGUUGCAGUGGCAGAGUUGAAUAUUGACAGAAAUGAUAUGGAUUGUAUCUACAGAAAAAUGUGGCUGUUUACAGAAAAGCUUGCCCUAGGAGAAUCCCAGGGACAAGGGAGCCUGGUGGGCUGCCAUCUAUGGGGUCACAUGCAGUCGGAUACGACUGAAGUGACUUAGCAGCAGCAGGAGAGCCUUGAACUAGCAUGGUCUGCCAGGGGUCUGCCAUCCAUACGAAAGGAAUCUUGUGCCUUUUGGAAGAAAUAGGAAAAUACUUGGAUUUUAGGGGGUCUUUGAAAGCACUUUGACAACAUAGCUAAGUUACUUUCCUGCAUGGUUGUCUAAUAUUAACAGGAUGUAUCCAAGUGCUUUUUGUACUUUUGCAAACAUCAGAAUCAGCUGGAGGGCUUGCUAACACAGUUGGGAGUAGGGCCCGGCAGUCGAUUCUGACCUAGUAGGGGUCCAGGAGCUUGCAUUUGUAACAAACUCCCAGAUAAUGGUAGCUACCUGUCCCAGAUCAGAUUACCCUUGCAAAAGCAGUUUAGAAGCCUGAGGGAACAGAAAGGCCUUCCCUCACAACUAUAGAGUUCCAGAAUCCUGAAAGUGAAAUUUAUCACAUAGCCUUUCCCCUUCAAACCCUCAGAUGUCUUUGGACAUCAGAUAGGGGAAGGGGAAUAAGAACAAAUAGAUGGAAAGGAUUGUGACAAAAUGAGGGAGGUCUUGAAGAAAGACACGUAGGAGAUUAUCCAGAGUGUUGGUCCGGAGUGAACCUUUGCCCACGGACGGGUGCACUGGUGUUGGUAGACUUACUUGCUAUCAGUCUAAUGAGCUGGGGACAGACUUUCUUGGCAGCUGAGUCCUCUGAUUUGUUUGAAAAUUUGCCUUGUGAGCCAAACCUGAGGAUAUAUGAUUUGGCACUGCCGUGGAAACCUUUCCCUGCUUAGGGAGUUGGGCCAGCCUGUUCCUCAGCUCAAAUUCCCCGUGAGAGUUUAACCUGUCUGUUUCUCAUCCCUCUCCUGGUUCCAGAUUCCCAGGGGGAGAUCCUCCCCAAAGCCGGCACCAGGGCAGUCUGUGAGCACAACUGGUGUCAAGAAUAUUUUGCAGAACAAAAGGUUUUCAGGACUUUGAGUAUCUUUCGGUCUUGGAGCAAACCUUCCAACCUCUGCCCUGUGUCUUGCUAUCCAUCGUUCACUUGAUUUCCUAAAUCUCUCCUAAAUGUUACAGCUGAAAUACACCCUCCAUGAAUUGUUUUCAAUAAAAGUAAUGAAAUUUAAAACAUUCACAACUGUUUUGAGAACUAGAAUUUUUAUGAUGCCUCUUGGAGUAGAUUCUAGAAUGCCAGAGUCAAAGCUAAGGAUUACUAUAAAUUUGGGGAGAAAUCAGAGCACUGAAGGAUUAUAAUUAUACAUAAUUAAUUGCAUUCACUGCCUAAUACAAUUGGUUUAAAAAAAAACCCACUUUGACGGAGUAACAUACAAAAAACUACAUAUUUAGUGCAUACAGCUUGAUGAUUUGAAGAUAAGCAUACACCUAUGAAACCAUCACCACAGUCUAUGCUAUAAACACAUCUAUCACCUCCAGCUUUUCCUGCCGCCUUAUACCACUGGUUUUCAUUUUUCAGACAUUAAAGGAUUUCUUUGUUAAAAAUUAUACUGUUAUCAGACAUGGUUUCUUUUGCAUACAAUGUAUAUAUUUUUUGUUUCUGUAGUUUUCAUGAUUUAAAGACAACAUGGUACUGUGUUGAUGGGCUAAAACUUAUUAAACAUUUUUUUGACAUUUGUUCUUAUUGCUGUCAGUGUAUGGUACAAAGAAUGUCUUCAUAUGUCCUCACUGCUGUUACCAAAAGCUAGUGCUUAGAGGGAACUUCCUGGCGGUCCAGUGCUUCUCUGUUGGUCUGUGCUUCCAGUGCAGGGGGCACAGGUUCGAUCCCUGGUUAUGGAACUAGAUCCCAUGUGCCAUAACCAAGACCGGGUGCACCCUCCAAAACUAGUGCUUAGAAACGAAAGUACAAUACUCUUUAAAUACUUUGUGCUACUUGACAUCAAUAAGAACAAUAAGGUGUAUACAAAUUUCAUUACACCCUUAGAGUAUAGUAUUUUAUUUAAUUUUUAUGACUGAACAUAAGAUGGUGUUUUACAAUUGCUUUGUGUUUAUUCUCCAUGUGUUUCCAGUAUGGGUACUCUUUGAAUCAUAUCUUAAUUAAAAAAAAAAAUCUUCAUUUUCAAAAAGUUAUUUCCCCCAUAUUCUCAUCAUAACUGUUUGUGUUUAUUUGUACUCACAUGGCUGUAUAUUAAUAUGUUAAUAAGCAACUGUUAAUUGUACAUGCAUCACUUCUAACUAAUUCUGACAUCAUUUCAGAGUUACAGAAAAUACAUGAGAACAGGACAAAGAACUGUCCUGUAUCCUUUAUCCAGCAAAUAUUAGUAUCUUACCACAUUUGCAUUUUCUGUGCAUGUGUGUUCAUGUUUCUUCCUGAACUGUUUGAGAAUAAGCUGUGGAUACAAUGGAAA